ACCACCUACUAUACUUGUAAGGAAACGGGCCACCCGUGGAAAAAGGGCUCUUCACAGUCCAAGCUCAGCCCCCCUUGAGCAGAGUCACAAUCUGUGCUUCCUGCUUCUCACAGAUAUCUGCAAGGAAGGCUACACAACAGCAGGGGGGACAGCGUUGGGUGCCACAUAACAGCAUGCCUUCUGCUGAGAUAUUGAAGAGCAUUCUCUUGGCUAUGGCCUUCAUGGUGUAUUUGCUGGUUGGGGCACUAGUAUUCCAGGUGCUGGAAAAAGAGGCAGAGGAUACAGCAAAAACAGACACAGAGCGCCACAGACUGGACUUCUUGAAGAACUACACAUGCCUCACAAAGGAAGCCCUGGAUCAUCUUGUUAAUGUUAUUACUGAUGCUGUUAAACAAGGGAUUCAUCCUCUAGAAAAUCAAACUAAAAAUAGUCAUUCCAACUGGGAUAUGAGCAGCUCCUUUUUCUUUGCUGGUACAGUGGUGACCACAAUCGGAUAUGGGACACUUUCACCUAGAACUCCAGGAGGCCAGAUUUUCUGUGUUUUAUAUGCUUUAUUUGGGAUCCCAUUGAAUGUAAUUGUUCUGGGUCGUGUUGGAAAAAUUCUUUCAAGAGUGUGCCACAGACUUGGGCAAUAUUUCUUUAACAAAGGAAUGAAACCGAAAAAAGCAAAAGUACUGACAAUUAUAUUUUUCUCGGUGACUGGAAUCAUUGUCUUUUUGGGGCUCCCACCACUGCUAUUUACAAAAACAGAAAAAUGGACUUACACUGAAGGUGUUUACUAUGCGUUCAUUUCUCUCAGCACCAUUGGAUUUGGGGACUAUGUUGUGGGCUAUGGACCACAGCACUUCAUGCCUUUCCGUGGCUUCCGUGCCUUGGUAUGCCUUUGGAUUAUAUUUGGACUGUCAUGGCUUUCUCUUCUGUUUAACUUGCUGACUUCUCUCCUAGAAGACACAGAAAAGAAAAUAGCCAAAGAUAUCCAGAAGAAAGUGAAAAGUAAAAAAGAUAGUGAGCAAAUAGCUCUGGAGCCUUUAACCAGCUCUUAUUUAUCAGAGAGUGAGAAGACUGUGGAUUCAAACAACUGCAAUAUCCCUGGGGAACAAUCAGGAAAAAUGGCAAAUUAUGACUUUUAAACUUGAGAGGAUCUGGACAGAAGAAGCUGUGUGGCUAACAUGCUGGGAAAAAAACUAUUGCUUUAGCGCAGUGCUGUCCAACAUUUCCAGUGCACUGGGCCCUUUAUACAGUAUUUUGCAAAGAAAUUAUACAAAGAAUUCCACAGAGCCAUUUAAAGACGCCACAUGUGAUCUUUGGGACGCUAUUUGGACAUACAUGUUCUAGAAUAUAGCUACAAACAUGCAUGCUGGAACUAUGGAGGGACAACUAAUAGGAUAAUGCCCAGUUUUAACAGAAUAUUUGUUACACUCCUUGUUGGAUUAUUAUGAGCAAUUCAUUGAAGUUUUGCAAUCAGUGGUAUAAUUCCAGAGGCCUAGGUCCUCCACCCAAGCCCAAAAUUGUGGAUCACCCAAGAUGCAUGUAAAAUUGCUGGUUGAGGGUCAUCCACAAUUUUGUGUCUGUCAUGAUCUUCUCAAUACCACAGGGGGGCCACAAGGUCUGCCCCCCAUAUAGUUAAGCUACUGCUUAUAGUGCUUAUAUUUGACAAAUCAAUUAUAUUCUUGUGAACAGGAGCAUGUGAAUUGAACCUGAUUCAACUAUAGAUGCUCAAUGUUGGUGAUCACCAAGAAGAGGACAUGAAUCGGAAAGAGAUGUCACCCACAAAACUUGCUUUCAAGAUACAAGAUAGGGGAAAUUAAUAUGUUUAGGGGGUGCUAAGUGGUGUGAUUUGGGAUGGCUCUGGCAUUCAUCUCUGCCUUCUCCAGCUAGUUCUGUUUUGCAUCAAAAAGCAAAAGUCACUUAAAUAAAUGCAAUUUAUAAAUCGUAUUUUGUACUGAUGUUCGCAAAUAGAUAUAUUUUUGUUACUUUUCACCUGCAUUGUCUGUUCUGUAUAGCUAUUUUUGUUACCUUACCUAUUUAAAACCACAGAAUGUAUAUUUCAUGUACAAUGUUGUAUUAGUAUAAAUAAAAAAAAAGAGCCAA